AUAAUGCAUUUGUUGUUGUUUUAUAAUCGCUGAUUUUAGUUAAAUUAUAUUUCGAAUUGUUUUAAAUAAAAAUGAUACGAAAAUUGCACUGCAUACUGCGAUUGCAAGGCGCCGUUAGCCAAACACUCUACAGGCAAAGAACGCCAACGAUCUUCUCGAGAAACUAUGCAACGAACGAAGACAAUGCCAAUUCAGACAGCAAAAGCAGCAGCAGCAAUAACAACAAUGCGAGACGAGCUGGCGCUGCCGGCAGUUCGAAAAGUCUGCCCGCCAUACGUAAUCCGUUUGCAGCAGCGCAGGAGAAGACCAAGAACACCUAUCUGACAAUGGUGGAAAUCUUUGAGGAGCGUGAUGUGCACCGGCGGAAUCAUGUGGAGUUCAUCUAUGCUGCGCUCAAGCAUAUGCCUGACUUUGGAGUGGAACAUGACUUGGAGGUGUACAAGGCGUUGAUAAAUGUGAUGCCAAAGGGCAAGUUCAUACCAACCAAUGUAUUCCAGUCCGAGUUCAUGCAUUUUCCCAAGCAGCAGCAGUGCAUCAUUGAUUUGCUGGAACAAAUGGAGGACUAUGGCGUUAUGCCCGACUACGAAAUGGAGGCCAUGCUCCUAAAUGUGUUCGGCAAGAAGGGACAUCCGCUGCGCAAGUAUUGGCGUAUGAUGUACUGGAUGCCCAAGUUCAAGAACCUAUCGCCAUGGCCACUACCCGACCAGGUGCCCGACGAUACGCUGGAAAUCGCCAAGCUCGCAGUGGAACGCAUGUGCACAGUGGAUCUGCGCUCCAAAGUAAAUGUGUUCGAGACCAAGGAGUUGAAAGAUUCACUGGACGACACGUGGAUAGUGAGCGGCAUGAGUCCGGAACAGUCAAAGCUACUGAAAGAGCACUCCCCACAGAAAGCACUCUACAUUGAGGGUCCAUUUCACAUAUGGAUACGAAAUCGACGCAUCAAUUACUUUACGUUGCGUGCCGAUGCUGAUGCCGAGUUCCUAUCACAACUGGACGAGCGUCAGCUGGACGAGGAUGAUGUGUCCAAGAUUGGCGUACCUUUCUUCGGACGUCCACCGCCACGGAGACACAAUCAGUUGGGAAAGGUGCGCUCAGUACACCAGCAGGAUGACGGCACCAUCUUUGCCAUUUGUGCUACAGGCACCUCCACCAAAGACUCAUUGCUGUCGUGGAUACGUCUUUUGGAACUGCACGGAUUUGCGACGCUGGGCGAAAUACCCGUACUCUUUAGGUUCACAUCCACUGUGCCCGCAAAGGCGGAAGAAAUCGCAGGUCCAUCCAAUGUCCCAGCCCGCACCAGUGAUACCAAUAGCAAUAAGGAACACUCAGAUAUCAAUUCUUAGUGAGUUAUUACCAAUAAAUUAAUUGUUGAGCAAA